UGAAGGCAGUACUUGUAAAUUUAUCAUCUUUUUCGCUAAACAAACGGGCAGUGCAUUGUUAUAUAUGGAUUUUCAGCCCUUUAGCCUGUACUUAGCGAACCAGUGGCGAAAAUGGCCGAUUACGUGCAACUGGAUGACGGCCACUAUUUUGUAGAUAUUGUGCGUGUUCCCGGUGAACAGGUUCAUUUGAAGUGCAUCAUGUUCGACAUGAAAUCCUUAUGGAUUGAACAACUGUCCAUCGAAGCGGUGGUAGCGCGUGAAAAUAAGCGAGACCCUGUUUGUUGCUACACCGAAGCCCUGAUUGAUACCCUUCUGGCGAAAAAACCAGCUAGCUACACGUUGCAUUCAAGCGCUACUGGGGAUGAAGAUGCAUGCGAAGAUCAUCGGACUCUCGCCGUCAAGUACUAUGUUUACGAAACGCCGGUCACAUUGGAGUUCAGGCUAAAACCGGGAUCCGUCGAUGAGAUGUCGGAGUGCGUUAUUCUACCCCUGUGGCGUGCGGUCCUGCUGCUGGAUGCGAAAAAUCGAUCCUUAACCGAGCAGUUGGUUCAAAAAGAUGUUGAAAUCGCGCAGUACCGUGCCGAGGGAGCAGAAUUGAAACGGACCACCGUUCAGACAACAAAGUUCGAAGCGCAGCAAUUUAAUGAAAAGUUUCCACUCAGUGCGCCUACUGGAAAAGGGCUCAAUAUAUCUCGCAUUCUGGAUGGACGGGAGCAGCGACAAAAACUCAUUAACGCGGUGCAACUGGUUGUCGAGUCAACCGGGCAGCUGGAAAGCCCUUCCACAAGUGGUAGAGGGAUCAAACGAUCUCCAUCCACUAGGUGGGCCACCUCCAAACGGCCGGUCAAAAAAUGGAAACAUCAACGAGUGGAUAUCCUUUGCACCAAGAUCAAAUUCCCCAAUCUGCCGGACAAUCCGCUGAACAAAUCGAUGGCGAUGGCUAAACGAUUUAAAAUGCAGGAAAGUGACGAUGAAGCUAAGAACAUUCGAACUAUGUCAAGCGAUGAUGAAGUGACUACAAAAGAAACUCAUGAAUAGGUUCUGGUUUGGUCUAUACCAUUGUUGACACUACGUAUCGAAGUAUAGCAUAAUAUUUUACUCUACAACCAUUUCCAGUCCUUUUGCGGUAACUAAAGCGGUAGGUCAAAGUCUAUAAAACGAUAGUCAGUGUUAAAUUGUUUAAUCAUGCGUAAAAUUUGGCUACUAUUGGCAUACACAGAGUUUCUAUUUUCAAUCAACGGGAUAUGGUGACCACACAACAUCGUUAUAUUCUUCAGUAUAAUAGUUAUAUUAUUUCAAGCACAUGUCCCAUCUAUAGUGUAGUCAGUUACGAUCGGGUUUUGAGAUUUAUUAAAUUUGCGUUUAAUGUACGCAUCUUGUGUUUGUAUAUAUUUGAACAACCUGUAUUUAUGUAUAAUAAAUUUAGUAUAAACCUAAUAUUACAUCA